AUGGAGGACAAGAGCAUGAAACUUCGGCCCAUGAAACGGCAGAGAGUCGAGCAGUCUAGUUCUAGUAGUAGUAGUAGGAGUAGUAGUGAUCCAGCAGAAGUCAAUACAACAACCACGAGUGUUAGUUUGACCGAUUUGUUGCGGGCUGGAAAGUGGAACGAAGCCACCAAACGAGUCGAAGAGAACCCCAAUGAGGUUACUGCGGCUUCCGAUCCUUCUCCUCUUGCCUUGGCCUGUCGGUUUGGAGCAUCUGUGGAAUGCAUUCGAAGAAUUCUGGAGGUUUGCCCACAAAAAGUCCGUCGCUUGUUGGAUUCUCGAGGAACUCCCGUCCACGAAGCAAUCGUGUGCGAAAAUGUGGGUCCCGAUGUGAUUGGUUUGUUGCUUAAGGCAGACGAGGAACUUGGAGCGGAUUCACCUAGGGCUACUGUCAUGCAAGAUGUGGAUGGAUACACACCCAUUCACCUUUUGAUUCGAAGGCGAUUUCAAUCCCAUGUGUUGGGAUCCGGGGAACACUUUAUGGAAUUGUUGGAAAUGUUGGUCCAAAGCGCACCAGAAUCGGUGGUGAUCCCGGAUCGUGGAGAGUACGAAGAACCACCCUGUGUCAUGUGCUUGAAAGCCAAUGUCUAUGCCCCACUCUUGCAAUUGGAAGGAGCCACCGCGGUACGAAUCGAACGAGACAUUCACGAUAUGGUACGGUGCAUGCUCCAACAUUAUCCAAGUGCCGCCAGCUGCGUGUUUAGUGGCUACCGUGGCAAAUAUACCGCACUGCACUCGGCGGUUUUCCAUGGAAGAUGUCCCGAUACCAUUCGCCUCCUUAUUGAAGCGGAGAAACGAUGUCCGACCUCCUCGGAAGAAAAACCGGGACUCUUGGCCAAUACCCAAGGGGAAUUGCCUCUGCACUUUUGUUCCAUGCGCGGAGAACCACCCCGAACCGUCGCUCUAUUGGCAGCAGGGGCACCCGAAGCGGUCUCCAAGCGGGAUGCUUCGGGUCUUACUCCCAUGCAUUGGCUUUGGAUUCGGUUUGUGAGCACCCUUCUUGCCAUUGAUGAUGCGGAACGAGGAAACCUGGCUUGUAUUCCAAUCAAAAAAUCAUGCAAUAUGAAAACAACAGAAAGCAACAAGUAUUCCUCGUUUGCAUUCUUGGAACAAGGCGACUUUGAAGCAGACUUGCAAUUUGUCCGAAGAGUGGAUCCUUCGGUGGACUUUUUGCGAAUGAGACACAUUCCGGGGGAAGUUUUGGAUGAAACGGAUGCGCUGAAUUUUGCGAAGAGAACUGAAACGAUCCUUCAGCAUGUUCGUGAUCGACACCGCCAAUUGGGCGCUGCCAACUUGGACGAGAAUGAUGAUAAUGAUGGUGAAGUUCUCUGGUCACGAGUCGAAACGGUCGCCAGCUUGUUUUGGACAAAGGUUGUCUCCAUGUUAAAGGCGGUAGAAACCACCAGUGAUGAUCAGGAUGGGUUCUCAUUGGUACAAGCCGCAUUUAAGAGUCAGUACUGUCCACCUCAGGUUGGAAGAAUUGUCGCUUCCAUGUAUCCAAGCGAAAUGGCAGACAAGGACGAGAAUGGAAUGUUGGUUCUCCAUCACGCAGCACUUCGGCCUUGGCAUGCUUGGGAUUGGCCACGGAAUACAACCUCCGAUUCGGCCAAUGCACAGCUUUUGGAGUUGGAAUCAGCCUCUCUCCUAAGGACGGCAAUGGAACUGUCACCAUUGUCGGCUGGAAGUCAAAAGGACGUUACGGGACGUCUCCCAAUCCACUGUGCCAUUCCUACCUUUGUUCGUGCCUUUUCCUCUAGCGGGAGAUUGUGCACGGAAUCCUCUGUGAAAGAGAUUCUGGAACUAUUGACCAUGUUUGUCAAAAUGAAUCCAGAUUCUCUGCACCAAACGGAUCCAAAUACUGGUCUAUACCCCUUUCUACAGGCAACUGCGGUCUCCACGGAAGAGGCCUCGGCUUCUGCGGGAUCUUUCCCAGAAGAGUUUUCCCUUUCGGCUGUUUAUACCCUUCUUCAUGCAGAUCCGUCGAUUGUUCGAUCUGGUAUCAGAUGA